AUGUCUAGUAUCAGAACAAUUGAGAAUGUUAUUGAAAUUAAAAAGAAAUUAUGGAUGGGAUCAAUCAAUUUGAAAAUAGUAUACACUAAUAAUAGAAAUGAAAGUAUAGAGUAUUUAAUUCAAGUGUUUCGAAAUUCUUAUUUCCCAUUCAUUUACGAAAAGUUAAUUAAUUUCUUCGAAAACUUUAUCACUGAUCAAGAUGUGAAUUUCGAAAAUAUCUGGUUAGAGUAUGAAGAAGUGCCGUUAAAGUGGAAUUAUCCCAUAGGAGUUCUAUAUGAUUAUCUAUAUCUACCGGGUAACUACGAAAGUCAAUCACAUAUAUGGAAUUUAACCUUGAAAAUAGAAACGGCUCUGCAAAAGUUUCCUCAGGAUUAUAUCAUACCAUUCAGAAAUUUUGAUGAAAAUAAAUAUGAAAUGCAUUUGAAUGAAAUAAUUGUAAAUCAAUUGAAACAAUCAAGUUUUGUUAUAAAUGGUACUUCAAAACCUAUAAUGCAAUUGAGUGAAACCAAUUCUAGGAAAUUAUGGAAAUCUAUUAAAUAUAGGAAUUUGAAUGAGUAUACUUAUUUGAAUAAAUUGAUCCUAAAGACUGUGAAAAACAUCCCAAUAAAGCUAAUAAUACCUAGUGAUGGCGGCAACAUGAUUCAAUUAUCUUGUCUGCCGUCCAUCACAUUGAAAGAAUUUUUAAAUUUUAAUUGUGUUAAAUUAAAUGAAAUUGCGAAACCGAUAGUUCAUGGUAUAAAUGUACUGUCCCUAUAUGAAUUAAAGUUGAUUGAAAUUUGGGAGCACUUGAAAUACUUGGAUAAUAUUCUAUAUAUAACAAUGAUGGUUAGAUCUUAG